AUGGACCCCUCCGUGUUGGAGGAUGCCGACCUGGCUGCCUUGGAGCACGAGUUUCCCGCUGAUCUUCAGAUUGAUGGGGGAGACUUCGGUGAUCAGCUUAGUCAUGCCAAUCAGGAUUGUGAUGAGGCUGAAAGGCGGACUCCCGACCCUUGGCUUCUGCUGGACUCGGGCGGGCACUUCCAGGCAGUGUCUGAGGAUGCUUCUCAACUUGGAGUUGAGGCUGCUGCUUCUGAGGACGAUGCCAGUGCUGAGGUGCAUUGGUACCAGCAAGUUGCCGAGGACUUCCCGUCAUCCGAUGUUGAGAGCCAUCAUAAGCAAUCCCAGUGGAGUCUUGUUGAACUGCAUCCUUCAGUACCUGCAGCCCCGCCUCGGGUUACUGCUGAAGGGUAUCAGACUGCUCUGUCGGCUGCUUUUCAUGCGGUUCCGGCGAAGGCUACGCUGUCACUUCCAUGGGAAUCAGGAGUCUGGAGUGCGUUGUUUGGUGCUGCUGCUUCCGGUGACUGGUUGCAGCAGGUGACACCUGCUUUCAACAGACCUGUGCAGCCGACUAGUGGCCAACCAGAGGAGUCCUUAGUGCCUGCUUCUUCGGGUUUAUUUUCACUUUCUUCGAAGCCUCGGCAAGACAGAGUCUUCAUGGCUGUCGUGUCGCAGUCUUUGGAUGUCUCUUGGGAAGAGCAGAGGGCUCUUGAUUUCGACAGAUCCGUUAAGCUGUGGCUCCACACGAUUCUUCGUUGGGAUGUCGACUGCGAGGUGAGGCAGAUGCUGUGCGAGGAAGAAUCUGUGCAAGGGCAGAUUGGACUGCUGGAAGACUUCUUCCGUGGUCGUGCACCAUCGACGCUGCUCAAGAGGGCCCGGGCUUUGGCGAAAGUUGCCAAUUGGUUGCAGGAGAAAGGCGCGCCAGCCUAUCCUAUCAGUGAGAAGCUUUUCUACGAAUUCCUUCGAGCGGAAAGGGCCCUAGGAGCUCCUGCAUCCAGGCUGAAAGGCUUUCACGAAGCCAUUGUCUUUUCGAGGUUCGUGCUCGGUGUGGCAGGGCUUGAGCUUGCUACUGCUAGCCGUCGUUGUUUGGGCGCCACUAAAUCGGAUGAGCCCAGGGACAGGAAGCAGGCCCAACCGCUUACGGUCCAGCAGCUGUUGGAGCUCCACAGGAGGCUUGACAGCGAAGAUGAGGACCCGUGGAACAGAUUGUUCUGUGGUGCCACACUUUGUGUGGCCUACGCCCGCAGUAGGUGGGGCGACGCACAGCAUGUGUGCAGGUGGACCCUGGAUUAUGACACCCUAGGAAACAUCGCAUACUUGGAAAUUACAGUGGCGAGUCAUAAGACGAUGCAUUCAUCUCAGCACCGAUUCCAGUUUUUACCAAUGGUGUCCAUUGCCUUGGGCGUCGCUGACAAAGAGUGGGUCUCCACUUGGAUGCGAGUCCGGAAGCAGCUGGGCAUAGACAAUCCGCCAGGUCACUGUCUAAUGCCUGCUCCGGAUCAAGAGGGAAAACCUCUCAGCAGACCGCUAUCAUCUUCGGAGGCUGGGAAGUGGGUUCGUCGCCUCCUGGAUUGUGAACCUGCUGAAGGCUGCCCCAACAGGAUCACAAGCCACUCUUUCAAGGCAACGCUGCUUUCUAUGGCUGCUAAGCGUGGAUAUUCGAUUGAGGACAGGCUCCAGAUGGGGUACCAUUCAGUGCCGGGUCGCAUGGCACUUGUGUACUCUCGGGAUGGUGCUGCAAGGAGCUUGCGACUGCUAGAAGUGAUGCUUGAGGAAAUCAGGAGUGGUUUUUACCUCCCUGACAGCACGCGGUCUGGGCGUCUCAGGGGUCCAGCACGUGAGAUUCUUGAGCAUGCACCUCUCGCAGGAGAGAAUCGGCCUGAGACGGGUGAUUCUCGCGCUAGCGUUGGGCCAGAGGCUGUUAAGGCUGAGCUCACCGGCGAUCUCGGGGAUGGAACUGUUGAGAUCUUGGGAUCAGAAGACGAACAGGAGGCAGCUGCUACCGAGCGAGCUGCGGAUUCCGAGCAUGUCACCACAGACAGCUCCGGUAGCGAAUCUUCGGAUUUGGAAGAGGGCAACGAGCGAGUGCUCGAAUGUGGUCGUAUGGUCGGACCACUGGAGAGGAGGCUCGCACAGGAGGUGAUUGAUGCGAUGGCAGAGGGCGUGCAAAGGGAGUCGCCUCGUCAGAGGCCAAACGCAAGCUGUGGUGAGUUUUUUCUUGGCAAAGCUGCUGGGCCCGAGGGUGGGCCCCACGUCGGGAUCCGGACCUUGGGAGUGCGGCUGCCACCGGUUCGAGUCUUCUGGAGUGCACGGAUAGCGACUGCAAGAAUGCUCGAGCGAGCGCUGGUUUCUCAGCUCCUGGGCUCGAGUAGAGUGAAGCGAUAUACCCGCAUCAUGUCGCUGGUCGAGUCUGAAGCUGCCUUUUUCCAGCGGUGCGAUGAAAUCGCGCCUGGUCUCCGGACCCUUCUUGAGGCAAAGAACAUCAAAUCUUUCCGCAAACUCGCCUUCGCCAUUGGCACUCCGCAGACUGCACCGAGUGAAGCUGAUUUUCAGGGUUUUGCUUCAGAAGUGUUUGUUGGUGCGCCGUCGCUGUCUCAGGUCGCAGAUCUUCGCACUUUGCACUUCGAAGCCACUGCUUUUGUUGUUGCGGUACUUAAGGAGCAUGUCACAGGGACCGAGGGCCCUGAGGGUGCACAGAGCAUCAAGCGAAUUCCUCCGGCUGAGCGCCGGGUCGAGGCCAAAUCGGCUAUAUCGCUUGAGAAACAGCGCGGAGUCGCCUUUGAUCAAUGUCGGUUGUUGUCAUGGGACUUCCACCAGAAAUGGGUCACCACACUCAUGGAGGCCAUGUGCGAAGAUGUCUCGCUGCCUCCUCUCUUUCUCGAAAGGGCUGUCUCCUGCUUGUUGCUGUUUGCCUCUGCGCAAGGCGCUCUUCCUCGCGGGAAGGUUCUUAAGCCGCUUGUGCCCGAGUUCGGUCGCUACCUCAAAGUGCUGACGUAUCCUGAGACAGGUGCCUUGCUGCGCUUCAUGCGACGCCUUCCCAAGGGUUCCAAGGUCACUUCGCGUUUUCUGAGUGGGGGAACAAAUGCCUGCGAAGUCUCCCAUGUUGGCGGCUAUCUCGAUACAGUGGAUCUCACAUCACAGCUUAGGCAGGGAUCUUUUGACAUUCAGGAUGUCUCGCUUGCCUGUUUCGGCCGUAGCCCAUUUGCUGACAAUGCACCUCUUCACAAAGGUUGUAAAGCUGAGUGCCUGAGCGAGCGGUGUUUCCAGACAGGCUUCAUCACGAAGUCUGAGCUGAGCAUGCUGCUUGACGUAUUGCCCACUGAUCGAAAAUUUGCAAAGAGCAGAGGCGAUUGCCUCGAUUCCACUAAGACAUGGACCUCAGGGGCCUUUCACUUCUCCGGCCAAGCCGGGGCCGUCAGAGUUCGCCCGGCGGAUCCACAGGAGCAGGAGCUUGUGCUUGAAGUGUCGCAGCACCCGGCGAAGCUUGAUGCGUCGCUGGUGCACUCUACUGACGACUGGUCUGGCGAUCGGAUUCUUCUUGUUGCUUUUCAUGUUCAGGGCGCGACUUCUAUGAGUUGCGCAGAUCAGAGGAGAUGCACCGAGCUUGGAUUUGUGCUUGACGUCGGCGCUGCUGGGGAUGAUGUACACGAUGCCGCUGGAGUGAACCUUUCCUCUGCCGAAACUGUCUUUGUUGGAGUUCCGAGCGAUCCCGAGGAGUUCAUACGAAAAGCGGUGGAAGCAGGGCACCCAAUGGACAUGGGCAUGCACGUGUGCCCAGCUGUGGAUCGGGCGAUCAGGGCCAACUUCUGCGACCCUCCUGAAUUAGUCAUCCAGCGGCGGCUAAGCACUCUUGAACGCUGGGAGAAACGGGCUAGUGUGCUGGAUCCUCUCGAAGCGGUUGAGCAGGGCCUGCCUCUCACUGGGUGGAUGGCUGAGUCACAGGUUUUCGCAAGCAACCCGAGGGCGCCCACAAUGUCUGUUGAUACUGUCGUCGCUAUGAACAGGGGCUUUCACGCUCUGGUCAAAAGGCGCCUCUCCAAGAGGCAGGAUCAGGACGUAGAGCAAAAGACUUGGCUUGAGACAGAGGAGGAGAUUGCUAAGGGGUGGUUCUGGAUUGAUGAGUCAGGCUGCUGGGAAGGGAAGAUCAUUGCGCACCGGUUCGGCCUUCUUCAGAAACUCAAACUCCGCACGAUCGACGACUGCAGUGUUGGGGGUCUUAACUGCACUGUUGGUCUCCCGGAGAAGAUGCGAGUCCAUUCUAUAGAUAUUCUUGCAUCUAUGUUGCGGCGCGCUCUGGAGCUUUGCGGCGGCAAGGCCACUUGUGGCUGGCUAGGCCGCACAUACGAUCUUCAGGCGGCCUAUCGUCAGUUCGGCAUAAGCUCUGUUGCUCGGGAACUCUUGAGGAUUGUCGUCAACAAGCCUGGGGCGGAACAGCCCAUCCUCCUUGGUGCCAACAGUCUUCCGUUCGGUGCAGUGGGUUCGGUUGCUGGCUUCCUCAGGCUGUCUAUGGCUAUCUGGACUCUCGGCCUGGUGGGGCUGGAGCUGUGCUGGUCUGCUUACUACGAUGACUUUCCGACUGUCACCAGUGAGCCGCUUCUUGAGAAUACGAGCUCGUGCGUAGACCGCUUGUUCAGGCUCAUCGGGCUUGACUAUGCUACCGAGGGCAAGAAAGCUCCACAGUUUGCGAGCUGUUUCGCGGCACUUGGAGUUCAGGUGGAUCUGCAGCAAGCUCAGUCUGGCUCGAUUGUUAUCGGACACACCGACACUCGGAAAGAGGAGCUGACCGCUUGCAUCGAUUCCAUUCUCGCUGAUUGCAGCAUGACUUCGAAGGAAGCAGAGAAGCUGAGGGGACGACUCGUUUUCUUUGAAGGAUUCACUUUCGGUAGAGUCGCUCAAGUGGCUGUCAAGCAUGUGGGCCGCCACGCUCAAGGCUCGAGUGGCUCUGUGAAGUUAUCUGCUGAUGUCAAGUGGGCUUUGGGUAUGAUUAAAACUCGAAUCUGUCAUGCCCUGCCAGUGACUAUAUCGGCGAAGGCACUGCAGACCACUUAUGUCUUCACUGACGGCGCUUUCGAGCAAGGUCGAGGCUCUUUUGGAGGGGUUCUGAUCUCUCCUCACGGCAGGUGCGUUUCUUAUUUCGCGGGAGAAGUGAGUCGUGAGGCGAUGCAUCAUUUGCUCGCGUCGUCCACUCAUCCCAUCUAUGAGCUUGAGCUGCUGCCAGUGCUUAUCGCCAUGCAGGUUUGGGGGAAACUCUCCUCUCACCAGCAAACAGUUUACUAUCUUGACAACGAGCCUGCACGAAUCGGGAUGAUUAAGGGGGCGGGUGGCACUGCCAUCGCGGACCUUAUCAUUUCCAAAGCUAGUGCACUUGAAUGUGAGCUAGGCCAACACGCUUGGUACGCUCGUGUUCCUUCGCAUUCCAACAUCGCUGAUGAUCCAAGUCGCUUUUACUUUGAACGACUUCACAAGCUCGGUGCUGCGAGAGUUCUGCUUGACGAAAGCUGGGUCGCGAGCCUCGUUUUGGAAGCGGGGUGA